AUGAAACGUCUUGUAGUAGCACUUCUAGCUACAGCGGUCGCGGCCCAAAGUCGCGACGCUCAAUGUUUGGGCCGUUGUAUGAAUACGGCCGUCAGCAAUUCUCAACGAAUUGAGGCUAAUCAGUUCACUAGUAUUUGCAAGUAAGUACUUUAAACUUGGUUUUGGUAUAGUAUUUAUUGUAUUAGGACUGGUUACGGUAGAGAAACAGUAAAGGUAGGAGUAGAGGUAAAAGUAGUGGUGGAAGUAAAGGUAGGGGAAAAAGUAGAGGUAAGGGUAAAGUAAGGGUAAAAGUAGGAGUGGAGGUAAGGGUUAGUGUAAAAGUAAGGGGUAGGGGUAGGGAUAUUUUCCUGUUUCCUAAAUUAUGUUCCACCUUCCAGAACAUAUGAACAAACAGCCAAUUGUAUAUUCAACUGCAACCAGAACAGCCGCAGCUGGUGGAGCGUGGGAAACAAUUUGAUUAACCAAUGUAAUCAACGUUUGGACACCGCUAUCAAUCGGAACCAGCAGUGUUACGUUAAAAACUUGGAUUCGGCCCAAAGCUCUUGUAACCGACAAUGUAGGGGUAGCAAUGGUGGAAAUUUGUGGAACGAUCAGAAUCAAGAUCGGUUCUGUUUGUAAGUGGUCUUGGUGUAUUCUAUAUUUUUUUCCGCCUUGGCUUAUUUUCUGCAUUUUUAAUCAUUUUUAAUGCUUUUUUCCAAUUUAAAAAAAAAUUUUGGUCGAAAAUUAUCGACCGGUCGAUUUUUUUAAAAUUUAAAAUCGCAAUAUUUUUACAUUUUUGUCAUGAUUUUCUAAUAAUCUUUCUAUUUGCGUCAAAAAUUUUUUCGACCAAAAUUUAUCGACCGGUCGAUUUUUCAAAAAUUUUAAAGCUCAAUAUUUUUCAAUUAAAAUAAACGCAACCCCUCAUUUUCAGCAACAACAACUGCUUCCUAGGCUGCCUGGCCGACAACCUAAACCGCCGUUGCUCAGGCGCAGGCCGUGAUCUAGCCAAUGUUUUCUGGUCCCCUUAUGACACAAUUUACAAUUCCCCAGCCCUGUGGAACAUCUAUACUCAAACCACUGCCCAAGUUCAACCAUGGUGUCGUCCCUAUUUUUAUGGCCAACACCCAGGUCAAUCUUCAUCAAGUGGCGGUGGUGGGGGUGGAGUUGGUAUCUCUUCAGUUAAUCAACAAGUCGCUGUAGCUCAAACUAAUGUGUCUUCCGGAGGUCAAACUAGUGGAAAUUCUGGAGCUCAAGCUAGUCAGCCUACUUUGCCUGCUAAUCAGGCUCCUAAUAAUUGA